GGCGGUACUUCCGGGUGAAAGGUAGCGUGUUAUGUAGCUCUACCGACUUUGGGAGCUGUUAUUGAGGGCGCUUUUUCUCGGUAGUUUGGUUUGCAGUAAUUUUUAGUAGUUGUGCUCAUGUGAGAGAGACACUGAGUUUGAAUAGAAAUUCAGUGUCAUCGGACUAACAGGGAAAGUUAUUUUCAGUAGAAUAAACAGGGUAAGGGUUGGUAGGACGAUGCAGACCUUCACAGCGAUAAGAUCAUUUGUUUUCGAGUAUCCCAAAACUAUUGGUCUGGUCACAGUAACAGGAGUGGGACUUUUCAGCGUGAAGAAAUGGAUGGCAGGUGGAGUGUGUCACAGCAAGGCCCGGUUGGAUGGAAAGACUGUCUUGAUCACCGGAGGCAACACUGGGAUUGGCAAAGAAACCGCUGUUGACCUGGCUAGAAGGGGCGCGAGGGUCAUUCUGGCCUGUAGAGACAUGGACAGAGCUAAUAAAGCUGCAGAGGACGUGAGGAAGAGGAGUGGAAAUGACAAUGUUAUUGUGAAAAAGUUGGACUUGGCAUCUCUACAGUCAGUGCGACAACUCGCCAAAGACAUCCUAGGAAGUGAAGAGAGGCUGGAUGUUCUCAUCAAUAAUGCAGGUGUUAUGAGCUGUCCAAAAUGGCAGACUGAAGAUGGCUUUGAAAUGCAGUUCGGUGUGAACCACCUGGGCCACUUCCUUUUAACUAACUGCCUGUUGGAUCUCCUGAAGAAGUCGUCUCCGUGCCGCAUCGUCAAUGUCUCCAGUUUAGCUCAUGAAAGAGGUAAAAUCUAUUUUGAUGACAUAAAUCAGGAGAAAGAUUACAACCCUUGGAAAAGCUAUUCGCAAAGUAAACUAGCUAAUGUCCUCUUUACAAGGGAGCUGGCUAACAGGCUACAAGGUACCGGAGUAACAGCAUACAGCCUCCAUCCUGGAGUAAUCCGGACUGAGCUCGGCCGACACUUCUGGCCCUCAAUGUCCCUGUGGAAGAGAGUUGUGUAUACACCACUCAUGUUCCUCAUCAAGUCUCCAACUGAAGGGGCCCAGACCACCAUCUACUGCGCUGUUGAGGAAAGCCUGCAGAAUGAAAGCGGACUCUACUACAGCGACUGCGCCCCUAAAACAGCAGCCCCUCAGGGUCUGGAUGAUGAAGCUGCCAAGAAGCUGUGGGAUCUAAGUGCCUCUAUGGUUGGUCUGACAUAAUCACAGUGACAUUGAUGAUGCUGAUGAUCGUCAUCAGGACCAAUGGACUGCCAAGUGGCCCGAGGAAAGACUGGUGCGCUUUCUAAUGAGCAUCUGUGUGGUUACUAUCAGCUGAGCUCCUACUUAAUAUGACCAAUGAGUAAACAAACAGAAAACAGAAAUUCACAAGUGAUAGACAUUUAUUCAGAUUAUACAACAAACUACUUGCAAAAAUACUAUGGAUUAAAUUAUGUUUUUUCCUAAACAGAAGCAAUGCUUCACAGGUAAGUUACAUGGAAGCUGUAUGAUCUUUAGUUUUGAUUGCCAUUAGCGUGAAAUGACAUUUUAAUUGACAAGUUUCACCAAUGUCUGUGUUGACUAAGGGCUCAAUUGUCAUUCAUUGUAACUUGAAUUUAUAAUAAAAGAAUUAUGUGUGCUUUUAAAGUUUUUUGUAACACUGUUGAUAGCAUCAUUUUCGUUUUUUUCCCUCCUGGGCAAUAAAGUGCUGUUAUACAUA